AGUAAUUUUAUAGGAACCAGAAAUAGGUGUGUAGCACUUUUAAUUUUAUAUUUAUUGAAGUUCAUAACCCAUAAAAUAAGAAGGAUAUAUCUAUGAUAACCUAAAUGACACUAAUUGUAUAAACUGGCUGUAGACUUACAAACUACACUCGCGAGUUUUAGUGAAACCAUGGAUACCACGCCAGAAAAGCAGCUCAAGUUGUUGCCUUAUUGCAACAAGUGUUAAGUCAACGGACAGUCGCUGCCCAGCUCCAAUUGAGUCAGACUGCAGUGCCCGAGUAUAUUAGGGGGACCGGAAAGUAAUGUCGUUUCUGCGCAUGCCAAUACUUGAUUGUCAUUUGUCAGCUCAUUGUUUUGUUCAGAGGCGUACCAAAGACAUUGUGAGGUUAUAGUGAUUUCUUUACUUAUAGACAAUUGAAUUACAAUUUUUUUUUGUAAUUUUGGGUAAAAUGGCCAGCCAAAUACCAGAAGAGGUACACAUCCGGCAUUGCAUGCUCUUUGAGUUUCGCAAGGGAAAUAACGCAACAGUUGCUACCAAAAACAUUUGCGAUGUUUAUCCAAAUGCACUGGACAUUCGUAAAUGCCAAAGGUGGUUUUCCAAGUUCAAAUCGGGUAAUUUUGAUCUUUCCGACUCGUAUCGAUCAGGAAGACCAUCAGCGUUAGACAACGACGUGUUAAGGGCGGAAGUGGAAGCAAAUCCGUGUCAGACGAUCGAGGAAUUGUCAAACAGUCUCAACAAACCUUGGUCGACCAUCCAAGAACAUUUGAAGCAGAUUGGGAAGGUAAGCAGAGCAGGUGUUUGGGUCCCGCAUAAUCUGUCCGAACAGAAUAAGGCUAACCGAUCAAUCACAUGCAACUUAUUGCUUCAACGACACAACACAGAAGCGUUUUUUGAUCGCUUGAUCACAGGAGAUGAGAAAUGGGUCCUGUAUGAUAACCCAAAACGCAAAAGGCAGUGGCUCUCUCCAAAUGAAAUCCCUCGGAGUACUGCUAAGCCAGGUUUACACCCCAAAAAAGCGCUUUUGUGUGUUUGGUGGAGUAUUCGCGGCAUUGUUCAUUUUGAAUUACUGAAACCUGGACAAACUGUUACUGCAGACCUCUACAGCGAACAAUUGCAGCGAGUCAAUCAAUCUUUAAUUGAAAAGUGGCCAGCGAUUGUCAACCGAAAAGGCGUCAUUCUCCAACAUGACAAUGCAAGACCGCACUGCGCAAGGCGAACUCUAGAAAAAAUUAAUGAAUUGGGGUGGGAGGUGCUGCCUCAUCCACCAUAUUCGCCCGAUGUUGCACCAUCGGAUUUCCACUUAUUCCGAGCGCUGCAACACUUUUUAAGUGGCAAAACAUUUGCAAAUUUGGAUGAUAUCCAAAAUGCCAUCUCUAGAUAUUUUGCCGAAAAACCAAUUAAUUUUUAUCGAUCAGGGAUUGAAAAUUUACUCACUAGAUGGCAAAAGGUUAUUGACAAUGAUGGGGAAUACAUCAUUGAUUAAAAAUAAAGACUCGUUAAAAAUGUAUGUAUAAAUACAAACAUUUAGCGUAAGAAAACGACAUUACUUUCCGGUCCCCCUAAUAUUCUCCUUCUUCUUUUUAUUUGUUAUUGUAUUAUGGACUUAGUGUGUUUGAUGUAAAAUAAGUCGGUUUGAAGAAUAACGGUCGCAUUAUAUGAAUCUGCACCGUCACCACAAGACCACCAGCGACACCAUCACCACCUACCACCACAAGACUUUAGAACUUCAAGCUUGCGUCACGACAAUGUUGCAAAAAAUUAAAAGUAGGAGUUAUGUCACGUGACAGUCUGUAAGUAAAAGUUUAAUUUAGUCCAUUUAUUUAUUUUGUACACAAAAUAGAUUAACCAUACGUCAACAAAGUUAAAGAAAAAAAGUUGUAAUAAAAUUUAAGUAACGAGUUAUUUUGAUACCUGUUAGUAACUCACGAUUAAAUCAUUUGUUUUAUGUUUAGACGAGUGUAGCAGUUAAAAAAAUGUGGCAAAAUCUAAAAACUAAGGCAAGGGACGCUAAAACGUUGGAUGCCCAAAAAAUUGACUGGUGGUGGGCCUGCACCUCCCGCUAUAGGAUCACAAGAUAGCCAGGUCCUUGCAAUAAUCCCCAGCGUGAUGCCUUCAAUAAAUAUAGAAAUAGACAGUGAUGUAAACCAGACCAGUACUUCCCAAUUAGGUAAGUAAAUUAUAUAGUCAUUCAAAAUCAGAAAUGAUUGUCAUUUAUUUGUAGGUACAUAUUAUUCUACUACCAUUCUUAAUUUUUAUAACUAAUGACAAUUAAUUGAUCAAGAAAAUGAUAAUGAUAUCAUAUUAAAUUAUCAGUCAUUAUCAGCCAUCAGUGCGAGGCGUUACGACCGCGAUACAACAUCUUUAACCCUCGCCCUAAAGAAGGACCUCGCAGGGUCUGAAACUGGUCGGUGCCAUCACCGGAAAAAAGUAUGACGUUAGUAAGCCGUUAAAUAAUUAAUUAUAAUACCAUAUAUUGGGAAAACAAAAAGAAUAGAAACAUGGGCAUUGAAAUUGAAGUUGUUGGAGAAGAGAUAACACACAUUCUCUCCCGGGCUGGCCACUUCAAGAGUCUACAAAACGAAUUCCCGCUGCAGUUCCAAAGAAAAGGAAAGCAGGAGAAACUGUAGAUUUGAAAAAAGAACUUUUAAAAAAAGAAAUUGAAAAAGUUGCUCAAAGACGCUUGAAGAAAGCUGAAUCACUUGACUCAAUCUACCUCCAACCAGUUUUUAUAUUUGUUAAGUUUAUAUCAUAUUUUUUUAAGUUUUUAAAUUUUAUAUCAUUUAAACACAAGGACAAGUUUACCAUAGUCGCAAAUAGAGGGUAUCGAGUAUUCAACUAUAUACAAACAGAUCCUUUUUAUUCGCGGGUGAAAUCUUAAUAAAGAUACCUUGUUCCCGGAUUGGGAUAUGGUUAUGUAGGGUUAUACCUACUAAAACCCCCUCGGUGGUCAUUCUUUACUGCUAUAAGUGGGGAUCUCCGGUGGAACACACCGAUAUCCAAACAGAUCUAUUUCCAUCAAAUCUAAAUAUGUGAUUAGCUUCAAAGUUAAAAAUUUAUUUACGAACUACAAAUCUGGUGAUAAUUCAAAUAAUAGAGACGUUAGAAUGGCCGAACUCAUCUACAAAGUUGGCUGAACCAUAUAACCUCUACCCCCGAAUUCCUAGAGAUUAAAAAGGUUCACAUUGCAUUAUGUUGAUUGAUAAUAAAUGUGAGGACAAUUUUAAAACUUCAAUGAAAAUUGUGACAAAUAACAAUGUUGCUAGUAAGAAAUGGACUGCUCACAAAAAAGAAUUAGACAGCCCAUAAAAUCUUCGACAUAGAUAUUUAGAUGUCUGCCAAAAGCAAUUAUAAAAUCAAAUGCCAAUGUACAAAACGAGGUAUCAACAUACACAUAUUAAUUGUGUUCAUGACAGUGUGAUUUUGGUAAGCCGUAAAAUAUUCCAGAGACUGGGAUGUUACUCAUUUAGUUAACAUCAGAUUUUGAUACAAUUUAUAAAUAAAUACUUGUUCUUUACUCAUUUUAGUUAAAUUUAACAUUACAAUCUAUGCAUUAAUUAUUGCAUACACAAAUAGAA